CAACAGGGAACCAUUUGUUUCUUUAAAGCACCAUCCUUCAAUAAAGUAACGAGUAAACAAUACAAUAAAUCACUAUAGGACAUAUCCACAAAUCCUAGGGAGAUUUGGCAUUGCUAAAACUAUGGAUCCUUACCAGAAUCCUAAUCCCAGAGGGUACCAGGGACAUAUGCCAUUUGGCUCAGCCGGCCACGGUGGCAGUGGUGGCUCCGAUAUCCCCCAAGGAACAGUUGACAAUAAGCAGAAGAAGAAGCUUCUCCACCGCGACAUCGAACGCCAGAGAAGACAAGAAAUGGCUACACUUUUUGCUUCUCUUCGUGAUCACCUACCUCUUCAAUACAUCAAGGGGAAGAGAGCUGUUUCGGAACAUGUAGGCGGAGCGGUGAAUUUUAUUAAGGACACGGAAACAAGGAUUAAAGAACUCAGUGCAAGAAGAGACGAGCUAAUUAGAGAAACAUGUUAUACAUCGAAUCCGGAUCUAGCAAGAACUGCAUCCGAGUUAGGCAAUUCGGUUCCGGCGAGUGUGAUGGUGCAACCAUGCGUGAGCGGUUUCGAAGUGGCGGUGAGCAGCGACUCGUCAGGUCCACAAGCUUUGCCACUCUCAAGAGUGCUUGAGGCACUUCAGGAGCUAGGGCUUGAAGUCAUCAGCUCUCUCACUACAAGAGUUAAUGAGAGGCUCAUACACACUAUUAGAGUCGAGGUUAAUAGUUUUGGAUGCUUGGACUUUGCUUGGUUGCAGCAGAAGCUAGUUGAGGAGUUGAUACCUUCGACGGGGUACUAAUAAUUAAGAAAGAUAACACUCUUAGUCCGAAAGACUUAUUUUUCAAAUAUCUAAUGCUUUCAUGAAACUUCAUCUUUGGAGCGGGUCUGGAAAGUCAUUCUUGGAAGGAGGCGUAGCUUAGGUUUAAACAAAAGUAGGUACGUACUGUUAUGUUUUCGAAAGGAUUUUAUGAGUAGGUCAUAAAGUUCAUCAUCAUUCACCGCCCACACCGUAAAGAUUUUUGUUGCGUGUGUCCCUUUCGUUUUGCUUAUUACCUCCAACUUUUAGUUAUCAUGUGUCCCUUUUUUUGUCAGCCAUGUUUCCCUUUCAUUAUAACUUUUUUGUAUUAUUCCAUUGUCAUGUUUUCAUGCGUUUUUGUGUAUGGAUAUAAGGUUUUAUAAAAUAUAUUAUCCCAUGAAUCGUUAAGUCCUACUGGAAACAAGGCCAAUGCGACAACAUAAUAUAGCACCUAAUUUUAUCCAGAAAAGUAUGAAAUUUACAGACCAUAACAUGCACUGGUCUGUUAAGUAGUAUCUGCAUAAUGUAAUAGAUAUAUAGUGCGAAGCCAGGGUAGGUGGGAACUAUCUUUUGGGCUCUAUAGGUCAAAAUCUGCAAUGUUCACGUGUUUCCCUUGUCUCUCUACAUCUAUAAUCACACACCUCUCAGCAAACAUCGGCCAUAACCCAUAAAUAUGCUCAUAUCCUCAAAUUCCUUCAGUAACUGCAAUAUAAGGUUGAAAACAAAUUCCAUAUUGCAUGCAAGCAAAAUUGGGAGAACCCACUAUGAUAUUGCUUACUUACUUAUACAAAUAAUAGGUUUAACAUAAAUAAAUUGUUCAAAACGGUAUAUUAAAAACAAAUUGUUAAACGCUUAUGAUAAUCACGAUGAUUGUUUUGAAAAAGGAGCAUAUAUAUAUUGCCAUAAAGAAAAGCUUAAAUUCAAUGCAUAGAGCCACCUUUAUAUUUUUUAAUCAUCAUAUUAGUUUGUUAUUCAACCAUUCAACAAAAUCUUCAUUUCUUUUGUAAUUUACGAUACGAUACGACACUAUUAUACAUAUCCCCAAAAUCUUGGUUUCUUUGGCCUCCUGGUUUCCUACGUAUACCCAUAAGCAUAUAAAGAGAAUCACAUAAGUAUAAUUUAAAUUAAUAGUAACUCAUUAUUUAAUAUCUAAUGAUAUCCUCUUUAUAUAAGUCUCACGAACUUAAGCGAAGUGGACAGCAGUUCAAAUGUUUUACGCACUUACGUAAGAGAUACGCAUGAUGAGUAGUUGAGAUCUCCCUGAUAUUCGUUCUUUAGCUAUAUCAUUAUUGGUAAUUAAAUUAAUUAAGUAUCAACUUUGAGCUGCCGUCAAACAAAUUCAUAAUCAUCAAAUCAGAUUGUGUCUCAAUAAAGAUUGUCUCCGACAUUUAAUUUAACCAUCUUUUAGUGAUAUCUAUAUAUAUAUAUAUAUAUACUAUAAUAAAAGGAAAAUAUCCUCCACUCUAAAGUUAUCCACAUCAGUUAAUAUAUUCAUCCAAUCAGAUAGCAUUAGUCUGCUAUGUAUACCAGGUUUUAAGUCGACUAAUAUAAAACCGGGCCAAGCGUCUGGGCCAUUAAUAAUAUCCAGUGCCAAUAUGAAGUCCAUCUCACCAAUACCAAAUCUCCGAUGAAAGUCAUUAGGCCAUCAGCAUCGCUGUAUCUUCUCACGUAUCUUGUUAAUAUUGGGCUCAAAAUUAAAUCAAAUAAACCCAAUUAAAAGAGGGACGUUAACAAAAUUAGAAGUUUUGUUAACGCGUCCCUGGGCAUACGUGGCGAGAGGGGAUAGGAAGACCGAAGAGGGUAGAGGAAAGUUCCAGAUCGGUCUCGACUUCAUUCUUCUCGUCUCCCUUUUCUCUCUCGUUAUCGACGGCGACUAGGUGAGCAGCGGUGUGUCUCUGCUCUCACAUCGAAAACUUCACCUCCGCUCUCAAUCGAAAGCUUCUCCUCCGAUUCAAAGUGUUCUCCUCCGAUUGGAAGCCUUCUCCUCCGAUUCAACGCCUUCUCCUCUGAUUGAAAGACUUCUCGUCGGAUUCAAAGGCUUCUCAUCCGAUUCAACGGCUUCUCCUCCGACACAAAGCUUCUCCUCCGAUUCAUAGGUUCUCCUCUGAUUCAUAGCUUCUCCUCCGAUUCACAUCAAAACCAGGUAUUAAAACAUGGGAAGGUAUAGCUACACCCAACCUUCAAGCUCAGAUCCGUAUGACAGGCCUGACAGCAGUGAAAACGAGACGGAAGACUUAAUCCGUCGUGACCAAGCUGAAAUAAGCUUGAAAUAUGCUGAACUGGUUCAGUACCCUCCACAACCUGAGGUGGAGUUCGGUUUCCCUCAGACUUGUUACUGUGGCUCAGAACCUAGAAUUGCAGCGUCAAGAUCAUCAGCGUUUCCAGGGAGACUGUACUACACCUGCGGCCACGUUGACGACGGCGAAUGUCAUGUCUGGAAGUGGUGGGACGUCGCCUUGAUGGAGGAGAUGAAGGCCAGGGCCAACCACCUAUUGGUAUUAGAGGCAAAGGUAGAAAAUCUUAACUUAAUGUCUGACCUUGAAACUGAGGAGAAGGUACGUAGACUAGAGAAGCAAGUUCAAGAGAAGGAUGUUAGAGUUGAGAAGUUAGUUGAGGAGAUAUUAGCUAAGAAUAAAUCAAGUGUUAUCGGUGGAUUAGAAGUACUUGUUGGUGUAAUGGUCAUAGUAUUAGUUUUAAUAGGUGUGGUGAUCGCGUAUAAGUGAGGGAAGACUUUGUAAUAUUGUAAUGUUGUUAUCAACUUUGUUGUUGUGUGAGACUUGACAUGCUUGUAAUAUUUGUUAUGUUCAGACUUUGUUGAUUUCC